AUGGAUCUUCUACACAGCUGGGGCGUUGAGCUGACUGUCUAUCUGCAGACCAGAUAUGGCAAAUAUGAAGGUUUGUUCGACCUGGCAUCCACAGUGGCCGAUCUGCACACCACGUUUUUCUGGUUGUUCCCAAUCUGGUUCCACCUGCGGAGGGACACGGCACUCAGGCUCAUCUGGGUGGCGGUCAUCGGAGACUGGCUCAACUUGGUCCUAAAAUGGGUUCUGUUUGGGGAGAGACCUUAUUGGUGGGUUCACGAGACCAAAUUUUAUGGAGCAGGACCGGCCCCUUCACUCCAGCAGUUCCCCAUCACAUGUGAAACUGGACCAGGAAGUCCUUCAGGUCAUGCCAUGGGUGCAGCUGGUGUCUGGUAUGUGAUGGUAACAGCACUGCUCUCUAUUGCAAGAGAAAAACAGUGUCCCUCAUUGCUAUACAGAUUUUUGUAUAUAGGCCUGUGGAUGCUAAUGGGCCUGGUCGAGCUGGUGGUAUGCAUGUCCAGGGUCUACAUGGCUGCCCACUUCCCACACCAGGUUAUUGCAGGAAUCAUUACAGGCACACUGGUAGCUGAAGUUGUUUCCAAGGAGAAAUGGAUCUACAGCGCGAGCCUGAAGAAGUACUUCUUAAUUACCCUCUUCCUCACCUCCUUUGCUGUUGGCUUUUAUGUGCUGCUUAAAGCUCUGGAUGUGGACCUGCUGUGGACCAUGGAGAAAGCCCAGAAGUGGUGCAUCAGGCCAGAGUGGGUUCACCUAGACUCUGCCCCCUUUGCCAGCCUCCUGCGGAACAUGGGCAGCCUGUUUGGCCUGGGCCUGGGCCUGCACUCACCGUUUUACAAGACAACCAAGAUGAAGAGCAUGAAUGUCUCUUUCAGGAUUGGAUGUAUUGUCAUCUCUGUAUCCCUGCUUCACCUGUUAGACGGAUGGACAUUUUCCCCUGAAAACCAUAUGACUUUCUAUGCCCUUUCCUUUGGAAAAAGUGCCAUUGCACUUUUGAUCCCAACUACUUUGGUGCCUUGGGCUCUCAGCAAGAUUUACCCUGUAAAGACAGAAGGCAAAAACUUGUAGCGUUAAGGCAACUGGAGAAUUAAUGUUCUAUAUUUACAGGGAUUCUUACUUCUCAUUUUUAAUGGACAUGAAUUAAGUCUCAUCUGCACUGUUCACUGUUUUUUCUCUUUUAAUCUGGGUCUAGGUUAACUCCAUAUCUAGGAAACUUGCUGUAGAGUUGUCUGAAGACAUUGUGCUGGCCUUGUUAGCUUUUAGGGGCAGAGGGAAAAGGCUACUUUACUGAUUGGAACAAUAACAUUUAAUUGGAUGUUACCAUUCCCAGAAUCUAAAGUACUUAGGGAGAGAAAAAGGACGUAGACACCCACCUAACGCUUUUAGAUAAUUGCUGUAAAGCUCACUGAUAGACCACAUUUGUUCAAUUUGAAGAAAAGAGAAGCGUACCCUUCACGGUAUGAGCAGUAAAGGGUAGAAGUAAAAUACAAAAAGUCAUCUUAAAGUUUUGUUGUUGUUGUUUUGUUGGAUAUGCUAAGCUAAGCUAAAUCUUUCCUGGCUCCACAAAGUGCUAGCAGCCUUCUAAUUUAGCUGUGUUUAAGUAAAAUAUAAACAUUUUUCUACAAAUGUUUUCCACAAAUUGUUUUCUAAAUGGUCUUAUUGGGACUUCUGCUACAAUUAUUACAAUUAACCUCCUUGAAAUUGAAUAAUGGCUUA